AUACAUAAAUUCUGAAUCAUUCCAACUCUCAUAAUCGAAAGAAAAAAUUAUUAAAAUCAGUAGUUCAAAUUUAAAUCAUUUCUGUAUAUUACAUUGGCGCCCAACCACGUGGAGCUCGAUGCACAGACCUAAUCGUGUGCUUUCAUGAGUAAAACAGUAAAAGGAUUUUCACCUAGAAGAACGAGAUCAAAAUCAAGAGUUAAAGUAAAUAGUAAUAGUGAUACCGGAGAGUCAGUCAAGAAACCGGAAGAUAAAAAAUCUGUAAAAAAAAAUAAUAAUUCUAUUUCAAAAAAUCGCAGAGGAAGAAGGUCAGAAAUGCCUGAUGAGAACAGAGAAGUAACUAGAGAAGAGAUGGAAUUGGAAUGGACCAGACUGAGAGCCGAACAGGAAAGGGUUGAAAGAGAAAGGAAUGAGCUGGCGGGACUUCGUGAGCAGUUGGUACAGUUGAGAGCUGAUCUGGAUGAACAGCGUGUAAGACAACAGGAUGCUGCACGUAUUCAACGGCAACACAAUGAGAAUCAAAGGCAACAACAAGCUGCAGCCGUUGAUGCGGCUCAGGAUGCAGUUAAUAUCAAUCGGCAAAAUGUUGGCUUCAAUGUUCAGCCACCACAAAUACCUCAGCCUCAUGUUAACCCGGCAGCUACCAAUGAUCGUCUUGUAACCGGCCUGGAAGUCUGGAGGUGAGAGCUGGUGUCUGGUGGUGCCUAGUGUACUGCAGAUUCCUCUGGUUAAGUCUGAGCAUGAACGAUUGGG